CUCGACGAUCUCUCAGAGAGCUUCCUAUUCCCUUCGCGCCGUCUUCUAAUGCUUCUUCCUAAUGUGCAAUUGUUAAAUCCUAAUUUUUUUGGCUUCAUUCCUUUGGUUUUCGCACACGAGACAGCGAGGUAGAAGCUCACUCUGUGAUCUUUGCGCAUUUGGUUGCAUGUAUCGGCCAAGCAGUCCUGCAUCAACAAUAGGGAAACACCAGGGAAAGGCGACACGAUGGUGUUCAACACAGCGACUGUUGGAGGGGCAGUGACUCCUGCUGUUAUUUCAACAUUUCUGAGCCAUUACCUCAAUCGCAAACCUCUGGCGCAGAAGCCCACGGCGCAUAUAUCCUAUGACGAAGGCCUUCACUUAAUUCGAAAGUUCCUGAUCUAUGCGUCCCACCAUACCAUCGAAGAUAUCCAACGCUUCACUUCACAAUGGGUUCCCCAUCCACAUUGGGUGAAGGUUGACGAGCUCGAGAUCCCCGAAGAGCAUAUCUCGAAAGCAGCACAAGCUAUCCAAGAGCAAUUGGGUCACCAUGGCAUACAGAAAGUUGGAGGAAAGACCUGGUGGCAAUGGCGGAGGCCCGGAAGUGAAAUGAAGGCCGAAUGGAUUGAGAUGAGAGCAGAUUAUCAUGAGAGAAAGCGUAUGAACGACCCGGGAAAGAGGGUUAUGCUUUAUGUGCAUGGUGGUGCAUACUUCUUUGGGAGUGUGGAUGAGCAUCGUUACCAGAUGCAGAGACAUGCAAGAAAACUGAAGGCUAGAGUUUUUGCUCCACGCUACAGACUAGCACCUCAAUUCCCCUUCCCUUGCGGUCUACAUGACUGUAUAGCCGCAUAUCUAUACCUUCUCACUGUCCAGGACCCCACUACUAUCAUACUAGCUGGAGAUUCUGCUGGUGGUGGAAUGGUUUUGAGUAUGCUAGUAAUUAUGCGAGAUAGAGGCAUUCCUUUGCCUGCUGGUGCGAUUUUAAUCUCGCCAUGGGUCGACUUAACUCACUCCUUCCCAAGUGUCGCUGGCAAUAAUCCACUGGAUUAUAUACCUCCACAUGGUUUCCAUCAACGGCCAUCCGCCUCAUGGCCACCUCCUAAUUCAGAUGAUCUCCUCGCCAUUGAGGAGGGUAUUGUUCAGAAGAUGGCUCACAACGGGCAUGCUUCAGCACCAAUGGAGAGCGAAGCCGAUGCUGUUCAAGGCUUCCACGUUGACCAUCAUCCAGAAGCAGGAAUGCAGAACGACGAUGCAUCUAGAAACACUCAUCCUGCAAGUAGGCCGACUGCUAACACCGUACCUGGCUCAGGUCAUGAUCUGUCUAUCAUGAUUGAUGGAAAGCUCGUCGAGAUCAAGGACCAGAUUCAAAUGUACGCUACGAAUCAACUAAUUUCUCAUCCAUUAGUAUCUCCAGUUUUGCAACCAUCACUUGGAGGCCUCCCACCGCUGCUCAUACAGACUGGAGGAGGUGAAAUGCUUCGUGAUGAGCAGAUAUACCUGGCGCACAAAGCAGCAAAUCCGAGCAAAUACCCUCCUGGAGAUGCAUUUUUAGAUGAAAUUCCUCAUGAUCACAGUAGAGAACAAAUUGCACGUUGGAAGCCGACCGACGUUCAAUUGCAAGUAUGGGACGACUUGUGCCAUGUUGCUCCCACACUUAGCUUUACUCGUCCAGCUAAGUACAUGUAUCGAUCGAUAGCGCAAUUUGGUGCAUGGGCACUGGCAAGAGCACAGAAGACGGAGAUUGAGAUCUUGGACGACGAUGAUGUCUCGAUCAUUUCACAGUCCGAUUCGGAGAACGACGGACAAGUUGAGACUGAGAAGGAGAAAGCACAAGCCCAAGCUCGAAGGCAGGCUACUGGUCAGGUCGGAAAGGCUGGAGACCCACUUCCAGCGUUCAAGAACCACAUGAUUCGACAACGAGUCGAUCGUCAUGGCAACAUCUUUCAUCUUGAGCCAGCUUCUGAAUUACCAGGAUGUAAUAUGGCAACGGACGAAAUUGGUGUCAUCAAGGCAGGACCAGUAAGAAAGUGGAUGGCAGCAAAGCGAAAGUGGGACACCAAGUAUGCGUCUGCGAAGCGUAGUGUCCAGAAAAAGCGCGCCAAAGAAAUGGCACAAGGAUAUCAAGAACUCGGUAAUGGAGAAGUCCCACCGCCAUCUGCUCUGGCUGGCAGAAGAAAGACUGGCGAAGACCUGAAGGAAGAGAAGAAGAGUCGAAGUAUGGGAAUGGGUCUGUGGGCUUUAUGGGGAAGCAAACAUGACGAGAAGGCUCUCAAAAAUGAGCAAGAUGCAGACAAGGCCCCUGAAACUGCUGUCGCUUCAUCCCUGAAUGGAGCUGGAGCUCGCCCAUUGCACGAUACCAAAACAAACAAGAGCCAGACACUUGGCGGAGGAGGUCGACUGGAAGCAAGUCGGAGUAGAUCUCGACGACGAACUGUGGUGGACGAGCAUCAAACCGAAACUCCUGAUGACGUGGACGAGAACACUUCAGCUGCAACACUUCUAGCUCUGAAAAAUGCUAAGGUUGGAGAGGUUGGAGAUGAUCACCUUGCUCCGGAAUUUGCUGCCAACAGCGCGAACCCAGCUAUCCUGGUCAGAACUCCAACCAACGAGGACACAGAGUAUGAUUCGAAAAGACCCAAGGCUGCCGGUAUCUCCCUUCCGUUUAAUAUAAAGGGACAUCAAGCAACGGCCAGCAUGACUACACUUACUAGUGCUGUUGGCGUGCCACCAACUGCAGAUGUGCGUACGGAAGGGGUGUUGAGCAGCGGUGUAUCGCAGAAUGCAGCAGACAGGGAAGCUACAGCUAGUAUUAAUGGGGCACCAGCAGUGAACGACAAGGUAAAGGGCAAGGAACCGGACAUUGAGCCUUCAACUAUCCACAAGGGUAUCAAUGAUAGUGCGACAACAGCGAACGAGAGUGAUGGAAUGGUAGUCGAGAAUAGUGAAGUUGGAACGGCUGAGAGACCAAUAUUGGAGACUUUUAUCACAGCUGCUACAGACCUCCCGACUGUUUCGAAAGCAUGACCUUUCAGUACAAUCUUUUCGAGCUCGUCGUGGUAUUGCCUGGAUUGGUUGGAGCAAUGGUGGAGAAGAGUGCCGGUGUAGAUAUCCAGAUGAAUGUAUAGCUCCAUAUACAGUAAUUCUCAUUGAUGUACAAUACCAAUACCUGCUGGCUU